CCACCCGGGAGAAGUGAGCCCGUACGAAGAAUGGAAAGCAAGAGCGUCGCGGUCUCCUCCUCGGUCCUCCUCCUCCUCCUCCUCCUCCUAGCCCCAGCCGCCACGAGCGGCCGCCCCCUCGCCGCGGGCAAGCCGGACCCCGACGACGCCGCCGCCACCGCUCGGUGGCUCGUCGCCCAGAACUCAUGGGGCGUCCUCAGUACAAUCUCAAGUGACUUGGGUGGAUCUCCGUUUGGAAAUGUUGUGUCAUUUAGUGAUGGAGAACCGGGUGAAGGCUGUGGAAUUCCCUACUUCUAUUUGACGACACUUGAUCCAACUGCAAGGGAUGCAUUGACAGAUGGAAGGUCAUCCUUUACCCUUAGUGAAUUUCCCCUUGGAUCUUGUGGCAAGAUAGAUCCUGAAAAUCCUACUUGUGCAAAACUUACACUCACAGGAAAGCUGAAAUUGGUAGAUAGUCAGUCCAGUGAAGCUGAGUUUGCUCGAGAUGCAUUGUUCGCUAAACAUCGGGAGAUGAAGGACUGGCCCAAGAAUCACAACUUCCAAAUCUUUAAAUUAGAGAUUGAGGACAUAUUUCUGAUUGACUGGUUUGGUGGACCCAAACCGCUAUCUCCAGCUCAGUACCUCAACCAUGGAAAAGAACUGUCUGUAAUAUAAUAUAUAACACUGAUGAAGAAUGAACAAAGUAAAAUAAUAGAAGAAGGAACCGGCUUCUCAUAAUACUAGAUUCAUCAAGAACUACAUGAGAUGAGGUGAAAUCUGGGUUCCCAAGGAAAUAAUGUGCUGAUGUCCAUAUUUGUGCUCUGUAUCAUGUGUCUCCUUGUGUUUAUUGGCUGGCCACACAUUCAUCAAAUCUUGUCAAUGGUAUGACUAUUUUGGUUCUGCCUGUUCAGUGUCAAAUUUGGGUGAGCUACAGAUUCCCCAAAGUUGUAUAAAGCUUGUUUGCAAGAUCUUUUCAUUUGAUGUUCUAUGGGAUGACCAAUCUGGUUUCUAAA